ACACAAAAUUCACCUCGGCACUGUAUAACCUAUAAGCCACAGCUUAAAACCCUACUCCUCUUCUUAAAACCCCUCUCUUCGUCUUCUUCGUCUUCUUAUCUCUCUCGAUGCCUUCUCGCAAGAAGAAACUAAAUGAAAAUGAUAGCACUCGGAGAGUCCUUCAGAGUGAUUUGCACUCUCCUGAUUUUAUUCUGAAGAAGAUUUUUCGAAAAGACGGUCCGCCGCUUGGCUCGCAAUUCGAUUCUCUCCCCGAAAAUGCCUUCUCCAGACCCACACCGCGCUCAGCAAAAGCCAAUUCUAAAAAGCGUCGUCAUGCUUCCCAACAAAACGAAAAACCUGUUAAAAGAAGGAAGGUUUAUGGGGCUACUGCAUUGGACAGUCAAUUCUUUGAUCAGAAUAGGGCGCCAGCGAAGAAACAUGGUAAAGGAAAAGGUUUGAUGACGGUGUUACAAGCAACAAAUGUUGGUACCAGUUAUUCUGUAUCAGAGAAACAACCUGUUAACAACAAAACAAGAAGAGAGCAGACAAAACAAAAGGGGCGCAUUUCUGAGACUACAAUACCUUACCAUCAGUUGUGUAAUCAACACGGCAACUCAGUAAAGAGACAUGGCAAGGGUAAAGGUCUGAUGGCGGUGUUACAAUUAACUAACUAUGCUGCAAGAGAUUUCCCUAUGAAUGGCAAUUAUACCAUUGGAGCUACUCCAAAGCCGAUAUCAGAAUCAGAAAAACCUGUUAAAGAAAAGAAGAAAAAAAUGCAGAGGAAACCUGUAACGCGAAAUUUAAAGAAAGCACAGGAGAGGAGGAAACCUCUUGUAAGAAGGAAGCUGGAGAGUCAAAAACCAUGCACCCUGAAGCAGCAAAGAAAAGAGAAAUGUGAACUUGUCAUGGAAGCAGGAAGAUGUCGAGAACACCAAAAUCGGUUUUCCAUGCUACCGGAUGAUGAGGAACUGGAGCUAAGAGAAUUGCAAGCAGGACCGAAUCCACCAACUUGCUCUGCUCAUUUUUCUAGCAAUCCAGUGCAUGGUUGUUCGUUUUGCAAAGAUUUGUUGGCCAAGUUCCCUCCAGAUUCUGUUGUCAUGAAGCAACCCUUACAAAUGCAACCUUGGGAUUCUUCGCCAGAGCUUGUAAAGAAACUAUUUAAGGUCUUCCAUUUCCUUUGUACUUAUGCUGCAAGAAUUCAUAUGCAUUCUUUUACCUUUGAUGAAUUUGCUCACGCAUUUCAUGACAAGGGUUCUUUGUUACUGGGGAGAACAAAUAUGACUCUUCUUAGAGUUCUUCUAUUUGAUGUUGAAAUGGAGUUGAGUAACGGGUUUAUUCCUCAUCUUAUAAAGAAUUCCAAGUUUCUUAGGUUACUUCAUUGGGUUGAAGGCCAGAAUCUUGUUCUGAAUUUCUGGAAGAGAUCCCUGAACCCCAUGACAUGGAUGGAAAUCUUGCGCCAAGUUCUGAUUGCUGCUGGAUUUGGUCUAAGCCAUGGUGCACUAAAUGAAGCUCUCAGCAAGGAAGUCAAUCUCAUGUCGAAGUAUGGAUUAAGACCUGGUACACUGAAAGGCGAACUGUUUAAUAAUCUAUUAGUUCAAGGAAAUAACGGGUCAAAAGUAUCUGAAUUAGCAAAGUCAACAGCGAUUGUUGAAUUGAAUCUCGCUGCUACAACUGAUGAACUAGAGGUCCUGAUAUGCUCAGUGCUGUCGAGUGACAUUACUUUAUUUGAAAAGAUUGCAUCUUCUGCUUAUCGUGUACGCAUUAAUUCAGUACUGCAUGAAAGUGAAUCUGACCAAUCAGAUGUAGAUGACUUUGCUAGCAUUGAUGAUGAUUCUGAGGAUGGUAGCAGAUACAGCAGUUCUGAUGAUUCUGAGUUUGAUUCAAAAAUAUCUAGUCCGAGUAAACUGAAGCCAAGGAACAGUCACAAGAGCAUAAGUGACGUUUUAGCGAUAGACACUGAAAUUGAUGAGAGCCAUCCAGGAGAAGUAUGGUUGUUAGGACUAACAGAAGGCGAAUAUUUUGAUUUAAGCAUUGAAGAGAAGCUGAAUGCAUUAGUGGCUCUGAUUGAUCUUCUCAGUGCUGGAUCAACUAUAAGGAAGGAGGAUGCUAUAUCUUCGGUUGCAGAAGGUGCAACUGAUCUCACUCGAAUUAGUUGUGGUGGAAAAAUUAAAAGAUCAACAGGAAGGCAGGAAAACUUUCCUGGGACAGUCGGGGGCUAUACUGAACAGGCUGUAUAUAUUAGCCAAGCAAAUAAAGGAUCAUCCACAGAGCCUGUCGAUUCUUUGGCCGUUAAUGUUAGAGAGGAGUCCUCUUUCGGCAUCAAGUAUCCAAGUGAUGUGGAGUUUGAAGAUGUACAUCCUAUGCAGUCUAUAUAUCUAGGUUCUGAUCGUCGCUAUAACAGAUAUUGGCUAUUUAUGGGUCCUUGUAAUGAUUAUGAUCCAGGUCAUAAGAGGAUAUAUUUUGAAUCUUCUGAAGAUGGUCACUGGGAGAUUAUUAGUACUGCAGAGUCUCUGUGCACAUUGUUAUCAGCUUUGGAAUCUAGGGGCUCACGCGAGGGUUACCUUCUAUCUUCGUUGGAGAAAUUGAAAGCAACUCUUCAUGAAACAAUGUCCAGUAUUUCAGAUAAUUUAGGAAGCAGGCAGCCAACUCAAUCUGAUUGUUCUGACUUGAGUACAUCGAGAGCCGAGAGCUCAUCCGCAGUGUCUGAUGUAGACAAUAAUUUUUGGCUGUCUGAGAUAAGAAAUGAUCAUCCAGUUUCUACUGCUGCAGAGGUCCUGGAAACUGAAAAGAAAAGAGAGCUGGAAAAGCAGAAAUGGCAUCGGCUCCAAGCAUUUGAUUCAUGGGUUUGGAAUUCUUUCUACUUGGGUCUUUAUGCUGUUAAACAUGGUAAAAAGUCAUUUCUUAAUUCACUAGCUAGAUGUGAACAUUGUCAUGAUCUGUACUGGAGAGAUGAGAAGCACUGUAAGAUAUGCCACACUACGUUCGAGCUUGAUUUUGAUAUAGAAGAAAGAUAUGCGAUUCACACUGCCACAUGUAGGAAGAAUGGAGAAGGAAAUGUGUUUCCAAAGCAUAAAGUCCUUUCAUCGCAGUUGCAAUCACUCAAAGCUGCAAUUUAUGCAAUUGAGUCGGUUAUGCCUGAAGAUGCAUUGGUGGGUACUUGGGCUAAAUCUGCUCAUAAUCUAUGGAUCAAAAGGUUAAGACGCAGCUCAAAUUUGACCGAGUUCCUUCAGGUUCUUGCCGAUUUUGUUACUUCGAUAAAUGAGGACUGGUUGCAUAGAUGCAGCUCUGCAUAUGGUUCUGAUUCUCUAGUAGAAGAAAUUAUAGCAUGCUUUUCAAGUAUGCCCCAAACAUCAUCCGCUGUGGCACUAUGGUUGGUCAGGUUGGAUGAUUUGAUUGGACUCCAUUUACAGAGGAUACCCACGGAGAAUGAUACACAACUUUGUACCAGCUCUAGAGGUAACUAUGCUCUUGUCCAGUAGAAAAAUUCAUCUAAUAGAGAAGUUGUACAAGCUUUGGCAGCUAAAAGUGGCUACGGCCUUGUGGUUUCUUUUUUAAAUAGCUUAUGCCCAUUGGUAUCCCAGCUCCUUCAGUGUAGAAGAAAAAAAAUUGAAAGAGAGAUUAGGUUAGAAGACACCGGCAUUGAGUUCGGCAAAUCCCAUUUUUGAUCAUCUUUUGAGUAUCUUGUAUUGUAAAACAUCAGGUGUUAAGUAUCUGUCUUUAGAUUCUUGACGUUACUUUGCUAUGGUUUCACCCAUAAAACCUGCUGUGUUUGCAUAGCAGUUGUAGAAAGAAUUUCUUUUGACUUUUGAGGAAUAAAGUACUUUGUACAGAUAUACAAUAGCAAAACGCCUAUGGAGUUUCCGAAGAUGUCAUCUUAUUCGUUUAUUAAUUCAUCAUAUAUGUAAAGAGGUGAAACUGUUUGAUAAAUCAACUUGUCAAUUAAUUAUGUGUUGUUUUA